AUGUCCGUCCUCCCGGGCGAGGUGCACACCGCCCUCACGAGCUUGCUGCAGGGCCUCCAGUCGCCCGACAACGUGCAGCGCACAGCAGCCGAGCAGCAGCUGAACGAGGAAUGGGUCGCCCAGAGACCAGAGGUCCUCCUCAUGGGCCUCUCCGAGCAGAUCGAGCUGGCACAGGAGACCCCCACGCGAACAUUCGCCGCCGUCAUCUUCAGACGACAGUCGUCCAAGCCUCGCAAGACCCACUCAGGCCAGACCGCAGACCUGUUCCUGACCCUCCACCCGCCAGAGCGCGAGGCCAUCCGCGCAAAGCUGCUCCACUGCCUGGCCAACGAGGCCGACAACUCGGUCCGCUCCAAGGUCGGCGAUGCUGUCGCCGAGCUCGCGAGACAGCACACAGACGAAGGUGUCGCCUGGCCAGAGCUCCUGGGCGCCUUGUUCCAGGCGAGCCAGUCGCAGGCUCCCGCCCAGCGUGAGAACGCCUUCAGGAUAUUCUCCACCACCCCUCAGAUCAUCGAGAAGCAGCACGAAGAUGUCGUCAUGAGCGCCUUCAAGGGCGGGUUUGCCGACGCCGAAACCACGGUGCGCAUCGCCGCCGUCGAGGCCUUCGCUUCCUUCUUCCGCUCCAUCACCAAGAAGGCCCAGUCCAAGUACUUUGGCCUCGUUCCCGAGAUCCUCAACAUCCUUCCCCCGAUCAAGGAUUCCAGAGACGCCGACCUACUCACAAAGGCUCUCAUCUCCCUCAUCGACCUCGCCGAGGUCGCGCCCAAGAUGUUCAAGCCGCUCUUCAACAGCCUGGUUCACUUCAGCAUCUCUGUCAUCCAGGACAAGGACCUCGGAGAGACCGCUCGCCAGAACGCUCUCGAGCUGAUGGCCACCUUUGCAGACAACGCCCCGCAGAUGUGCAAGAAGGACCCCAACUUCACCAACGACAUGGUCACCCAGUGUCUGUCGCUCAUGACGGACGUAGGCGCCGACGACGACGACGCCGACGAGUGGAACGUAUCCGAGGAUCUCGACGAAGAGAGCGACUCGAACCACGUUGCCGGUGAGCAGUGCAUGGACCGCUUGGCCAACAAGCUCGGUGGGCAAGCUAUUUUGCCUCCGACAUUCAACUGGCUGCCUCGCAUGAUGACCUCUUCAGCAUGGAGGGACAGGCAUGCAGCUCUGAUGGCCAUCUCCGCCAUCUCAGAAGGGUGCCGCGAAUUGAUGAUCGGAGAGCUGGACAAGGUCUUGGAUCUCGUCAUCCCCGCUCUGCGUGACCCCCACCCCCGCGUGCGCUGGGCUGGUUGCAAUGCCGUUGGCCAAAUGAGCACAGACUUUGCUGGAACCAUGCAAGGCCAGUACCACCAGAUCGUGCUGCCGAACAUCAUCCCCGUGCUGGAGUCUUCAGAGCCCCGUGUGCAGGCGCACGCUGCUGCUGCCCUCGUCAACUUCUGCGAAGAAGCCGAAAAGGACAUUCUCGAGCCGUACCUGGACCAGCUCCUGAACCACUUGCUCAUGCUUCUGCAGAGCCCCAAGCGAUUCGUGCAGGAGCAGGCCCUUUCGACCAUUGCCACCGUUGCCGACUCGGCGGAAACGGCAUUCGGGACCUACUACAACACCCUGAUGCCGCUCCUGUUCAACGUCCUGCAAGAAGAGCAGUCCAAGGAGUACCGACUGCUUCGCGCAAAGGCCAUGGAGUGCGCUACCCUCAUCGCUCUCGCCGUUGGAAAGGAGAGGAUGGCUCAGGAUGCACUCAACCUCGUGCAGCUGCUCGGACGCAUCCAGAACAGUGUGACCGAGGCCGACGACCCGCAGGCAUCUUACCUUCUCCACUGCUGGGGCCGCAUGUGCCGAGUCAUGGGCCGCGAGUUUGUCCCCUUCCUGGCUGGCGUCAUCCCUCCUUUGACAGAACUCGCCGGCGCAAAGGCUGAUAUCCAGCUUCUCGACGACGAAGAUCAGGUCGCCCAGAUCCAGGACGAGGAAGGCUGGGAGCUCGUCCCUCUCAAGGGCAAGGUCAUUGGUAUCAAGACCAGCAUUCUCGACGACAAGCACAUGGCCAUCGAGCUCAUCGUCAUCUACGCUCAAGUCUUGGAAGAUGCUUUCGAGCCAUACGUCAACGACAUCAUGGACAAGAUCGCUCUUCCUGGCCUGGCAUUCUUCUUCCACGACCCCGUGCGUGUUGCGUCCGCCAAGUGUGUGCCUGCUCUCCUGAACGCCUACAAGAAGGCACACGGCCCGGAAUCGACGCAGCUUGGCCAAUUGUGGGAACGCACUGUGGAGCGCGUUCUCGAGGUUCUCAGCACCGAGCCCGCAAUCGACACUCUUGCAGAAAUGUACCAGUGCUUCUACGAGUGCUUGGAGUGUAUCGGCAAGAACUGCCUGACGCAGACUCACAUGGCUGCUUUCAUCGAGAGCGCUCGCAGUGUCCUGGUCGAUUAUCAGGAGCGCGUAAAGGACCGUAUCGAGGAGCAGGCCGAGAACGAAGAUGGCGAGGAGGCGUCCGAGGAGAUGCUGUUUGCCAUCGAGGACGACCAGAACCUCCUGUCCGACAUGAACAAGGCUUUCCACACAAUCUUCAAGAACAUGGGCACACAGUUCUUGCCCCAGUGGGAAAAGCUUGUGGACUUCUACUCCAGCGCCGUCGUCAACCAGGACCCCACACAACGCCAAUGGGCUAUCUGCAUCUUCGAUGACGUCCUCGAGUUUGCCGGGCCAGAGUCGUGGAAGUACAACCAGCAGAUCAUCCAACCGCUCAUUGCCGGCAUGCAAGACGACGUUCCUGCGAAUCGGCAGGCUGCGGUGUACGGUGUAGGUGUCGCUGCGCACAAGGGCGGCGAAGCCUGGUCGGACUUUGCAGCUGCCUCCUUGCCCACGCUCUUCCAGGUCUGCCAGCGACCCAACGCGCGCAACGACGACGAUGUUUUUGCUACAGAGAACGCAUCGGCAGCCAUCGCCAAGAUCCUCCUCCACAACACCGCCAAGGUCCAGAAUUGGCAGGACGUAACCACUGCUUGGGUGGAUACACUGCCCAUCGUCAACGACGAGGAAGCAGCGCCUUUUGCCUACAGCUUCCUGGCACGACUGAUCGAGCAGCAGAACCAGGCCGUCUUCUCACAACCCGCAAAGGUUUUCGCCUUUGUUGUCCAAGCGCUCGAGGCGGAAACACUACAAGGCACAACCGCCACACACGUCGUCUCUGCCGUCAAGAGCCUCAUCCAGGCCACCAGCACAAACCUGGGCCAGGUCGCUGGCAGCCUGACUGCGGAGCAGCAGCGCACAGCUCAAGCCUAUUUCAGCUAG